AUGUUAAAACAAAAUAUAAUUAAGCCGUCAAUAUCUCCGUGGAGCGCCCCAGUGUGGGUCGUGCCUAAGAAAAUGGAUGCAUCUGGCAAAAAGAAGUGGCGCAUUGUCAUAGAUUAUAGGCGACUUAAUGAUGUGACCAUAAAUGAAGUUUAUCCUAUCCCAUUAAUUAGCGAUAUAUUAGAUCAAUUAGGACAUUCUAAAUAUUUUUCGACACUUGAUUUAGUUUCCGGCUUCCAUCAAAUUCCUCUCAAUCCUAACGAUGCUGAAAAGACUGGUUUUACAGUAAUCAAUACAAAUGGCAUUUCCGGUCAUUUUCAAUUUAAUCGCAUGCUCUUUGGAUUAAAAGGUGCUCCUAGUACGUUUCAACGUCUCAUGAACACCGUCCUUUCUGGUCUCCAAGGUCUCCACUGUUUCGUCUACUUAGAUGACUGUAUUAUUUACAGCCACGAUCUUCAAAGUCAUAUGGAAAAAUUACGUCUUGUUUUUGAUAGGUUUCGAGAUUUCAAUUUGAAACUACAACCAGAUAAAUGCGAGUUCUUUCGACGCGAAGUCACUUAUUUAGGUCAUGUUAUUACUGACAAAGGUGUCUCACCUAACCCUGACAAGGUAAAAUCAGUAUCCAAUUAUCCUAUUCCCAAAAAUCCCAAGGAAAUUAAAUCAUUUCUAGGUCUAGUAGGUUACUACCGUCGAUUUAUAGAUAACUUUUCAAAAAUAACAAAACCCCUUACGUCAUUAUCAAAAAGGGAUGUUAAUUUUAAUUGGACACAAGAACAAGACCCAAGCUUUCAAUUUGUUAAAAGAAAAAUGAACUUCAGCUAUGUUACUUCAAUAUCCCGAUUUUUCGCAACCGUUUAUUGUCACCACAGACGACGCCGUUGGCGCAGUAUUAUCGCAAGGUCCUAUCGGAAAAGACAAACCGAUCGCGUAUGCCUCAAAAACAUUAAAUAA